AUGGUUGCGAAAGCGUAUCCGAUACGGAUAAUCAACCAUAACAACGGCAUAAACGAAGACGAAGAAGGAGUUGAACCUUACGUGGGUCUUGAAUUCGACACUGCAGAGGAAGCUCGUGAGUUCUACAACGGUUACGCUACGCGUACUGGUUUUAAGGUUAGGACUGGUCAGUUGUAUAGAUCAAGAACAGAUGGUACGGUUUCGUCGAGAAGGUUUGUUUGUUCAAAGGAAGGUUUUCAGUUGAAUUCGAGAACCGGAUGCACUGCGUUCAUUCGCGUGCAGAGACGGGAAACCGGGAAAUGGAUUCUUGACCAGAUCCAGAAAGAGCAUAACCAUGAGCUUGGAGGUGAAGUUCAGGCUGAGGAGACGACUCCGCGUCCUUCGAGAACUCCAGCUCCUACGAAGCUAGCUUCAACGGUUAAUCCACAUAGACCCAAGAUGAAAGUUGUUGAUGAGUCUGACAGAGAACAGCGGUCCUGCCCGUCUUCUUUCAAGCGCUUCAAAGGCAGUGGGGAAGGAGAAGAGAGCGACGAGCAUCAUCAAACGCAGCAGCCUAAGGCAGUUACUGGUACUGAGCCGUAUGCAGGCUUGGAGUUUGGUUCCGCUAAUGAAGCGUGCCAGUUUUAUCAGGGAUACGCGGAAGUUGUUGGGUUUAGAGUUAGGAUCGGUCAGUUGUUCCGUUCGAAAGUCGAUGGAUCGAUCACAUCGAGACGGUUUGUUUGUUCGAGAGAAGGGUUUCAGCAUCCUUCGAGAAUGGGUUGUGGAGCUUACAUGAGGAUCAAGAGACAAGACUCUGGUGGUUGGAUCGUGGACCGUCUCAAUAAAGAUCAUAAUCACGAGCUCGAACCAGGAAAGAAGAACGACGCCGGUAUGAAAAAGAUAACGGACGAUGUGGCGGGAGGAUUGGAUUCUGUUGAUCUUAUAGAGCUAAAUGAUUUCAGCAACAACCACAUCAAGAAGACCCGAGAAAACAGAAUCGGAAAAGAAUGGUAUCCUCUGCUUCUCGACUAUUUUCAGUCUAAACAAACCGAAGACAUGGGAUUCUUUUAUGCUGUCGAAUUGGAUGUUAAUAAUGGAAGCUGUAUGAGCAUUUUCUGGGCGGAUAGCCGAGCAAGAUUCACUUGCAGUCAGUUUGGUGAUUCUGUUGUUUUCGAUACUUCGUACAGAAAAGGAGACUACUCUGUUCCAUUCGCUACUUUCAUCGGUUUUAACCAUCACAGGCAACCUGUACUUCUUGGUUGUGCCAUGGUUGCUGACGAUUCUAAAGAGGCCUUCUUAUGGUUGUUUCAGACAUGGCUUCGUGCCAUGUCGGGUCGUCGUCUAAGAUCCGUUGUAGCUGAUCAAGAUUUGCCUAUCCAGCAUGCUUUGGCCCAAGUCUUUCCCAGGGUGCAUCAUCGGUACUCAGCUUGGCAAAUUAGGGAAAAAGAGCAGGAAAAUCUCAGACUGUUUCCGAGUGAAUUCAAGUAUGAGUACGAGAAAUGUAUAUACCAGACUCAAACAACCGUCGAGUUUGACUCAGUUUGGAACGCUCUCAUCAACAAAUAUGGUCUUAGAGACAACAUUUGGCUCAGAGAAAUCUACGAGCGGCGCGAGAAUUGGGUUCCCGCUUAUCUAAGAGCAAGUUUCUUCGCCGGAAUCCCAAUAAAUGGAAUUAUCGAGCCCUUCUUCGGGGCUUCACUCGACGCUUUAACGCCUCUCAGGGAAUUCAUUUCCCGAUACGAACAAGGACUUGAGCAGAGACGUGAAGAGGAAAGAAAAGAGGAUUUCAAUUCUUACAACUUGCAACCGUUUCUUCAGACAAAAGAACCUGUGGAAGAACAGUGCAGAAGACUCUACACGCUAACCGUGUUCAGAAUUUUCCAGAACGAGCUUGUCCAGUCUUACAAUUACCUUUGUUUAAAGACUUACGAAGAAGGAGCAAUCAGUAGAUUCCUGGUGAGAAAAUGCGGGAACGAGAAUGAGAAACACGCUGUGACAUUCAGUGCGACGAAUCUCAAUUCGAGUUGCAGCUGUCAAAUGUUUGAACACGAAGGAUUACUCUGCAGACAUAUCUUGAAAGUGUUUAAUCUCUUGGACAUAAGAGAGCUCCCGUCUCGGUAUAUACUGCACCGAUGGACGAAGAAUGCAGAGUUUGGGUUUGUUCGUGAUAUGGAAUCAGGUGUGAGUUCUCAAGAUCUUAAGGCCUUGAUGGUUUGGAGUCUGAGAGAAGCUGCUUCCAAGUACAUAGAGUUUGGGACAUCGUCUCUGGAGAAGUAUAAGCUUGCGUAUGAAAUUAUGCGUGAGGGUGGGAAGAAACUUUGUUGGCAGAGAUGA